CCAAAAUCUUUCUCCCCGUCGGUGAGCCCCAGCAUGAGCGUCCCGGCCCCGGCGGCCGCCCUCCGCCACUGGAACCGCCUGAUCCAGCUCGCCGCCGCGUCCGGCUCCCACACGCUCUGCCUCGGGCACUACGCCUCGCUCCUCGCCGCGGGCCUCCGCGGCGGCGACGCCUCCACCUUCCCAUCCCUCGCCAAGUCCUGCGCCACGCUCCGCCUCCCGCGCCUCGGCCGCUCCCUCCACGCACACGCGCUCCUCGCCGGCGCCGCCGGCGACGUCUUCGUCCGCACCUCGCUGCUCGACUUCUACGCCAAGUGCGCGUCCCUCCCCGACGCGCGCCGCCUGUUCGACGAAAUGCCCACCACCAGCCGGACCCUCGUGUCCUGGAACUGCAUGGUCACCGCGUACAGCAAGGCCUCUCGUCUCGCCGAGGCCGUCAACAUGUUCAACGCGAUGCGGGGACUAGGGGUGAGCCCCGCCGGGGGCACGCUCGUCGGCGUGCUCUCUGGGUGCUCGGACUCCAUGGCCGCUAGAAAUAUUGGCAUGUGCGUGUAUGGAUAUAGCCUCAAGUCUGGGCUCGACGCGGAUUUGCCGGUCUCCAACUCGGUGCUCACCAUGCUUGUCCGCGAUGGCCAGCUGCAUGCCGCGUCGCUCUUGUUUGACUCUAUGCGCGAGAAGUCUAUAGUUUCCUGGAGCGCAAUGGCGUCAGGGUUCUUGCAGACGGGCGACUUUAACAAAGUGUUUGCUCUGCUCAACCGUAUGCAGGGUGCUGGGCACACGUUUGACUCGGUCGCACUUGUUAAUCUCGUCUCAGCCGCUGUUCUGCUAGGGAACCUGUUGGUGGCCAAGGGUGUGCAUGCUCUUCUGAUCAGGAGUGGUUUUCAAUCCGAGCAAGAUCUUGUGUCAUCUUUGGUUAACAUGUAUGCCAAGUGUGGGGAUCUUGAGGCUGCUCAGGAGGUCUUUGAUGUGGUUCACUAUAAGAAUGUAGUGCUGUGGACUUCGAUGAUAAAUGGAUAUGUUGAAGGUGGCCGUCCGGACAAGGCGUUGACAAUGUUCGAUAGCAUGUUGCGUACAGAUGUACAGCCGAAUGGGGCAACAGUUUCAUCAGUUCUUUCAGCCUGUGCUGACUUGGGCUCUGCUAAUCAGGCAAGAAAGGUUGAGGAGCAUGUGGCAUCAGUCGGACUUCAGUCAGACCUGCGAGUUGCUACCGGACUGAUAGACACGUACUGCAAGUGUGGGAGCGUCGAGCUGGCUAGGAAAAUAUUUGAUGAUGUUACCAUUACCAAUAGAGACUUACCUAUCUGGAGUGCCAUGAUUAACGGCUAUGCUUGCAACGGCGAAGGCAGUGAAGCUCUCGCUCUUUUCAGCGAGAUGCAAAAGGAAGGUGUUCAACCAGAUGCCAUUAUCUUUACCCAUCUGUUAACAGCAUGCAAUUAUUCUGGUUUAAUAGAUGAAGGCCUUCGGUGUUUUCACAGCUUGACAGUGGAAUAUGGUAUUGAACCAUCUAUUGAACACUAUAUGUGCAUAACUGAUUUGCUAUGCAAGUCUGGUCAGAUUAGUACUGCUAAGGAGUUCUUUAAGAAGAUACCUAUUCAGUUACGGAAUCAGGUUUUGGCUCCUAUAGUCAGUGCAUACAGUUCUCAGUGUGCCGAUUCUUCAAUGGAUUCAGUGUCAGAGGAAUUACUUAACCUGGACCCUCAAGAUUCUGGCCACUUUGUCUUAAUUUCUAAUAUGCUCAGUUGUUUGGGGAAUUGGAAGAAGGCUACAACCUAUAGGACGCAACUAAGCAAGAAAGGUUUAGUCAAGGAACCUGGAAGGAGUUGUAUUGAACUGAGUGCCUAACCAUGCUGCAAACACUGGAUUCACAUA